AAUUACUAAGGCGGGGGACAAAGCUGGCGAUGGGGACAGCAUGAGAGUGGCGGCGCGGCGGCGGAGCACAGCGAGGCACCGGGGCCGCCGGCCGCUGCGGGGGCGUUCAUGCACCCCUCCCGCACCCGCACGCAGCGCGCCCGCCGCUCCCCACCCGCUCCGCAGGGACUCGGGGGGCUUCCGCGGGGGGGCUCGGGCUUUUCUCGCUCGGGGCAUCGCUUUUUUCCUACCGAGGCUCCGGAGAGAAGAGGGGGAAGAACUUGACAGCAGCUCCGCUCCCCCUCCCUGAUAUUUUUUUUUCCGAUUUUGUUUUUUAAAUUCUUCUUAUAUUUUUUAUUAUUUUUAUUCUCUCUCCCUUUAUUAUUAUUAUUAUUAUUAUUAUUAUUAUUAUUAUUAUUAUUAGGUUGAUUGGUUCUGGUUUUGGGGAUUCUUUUUUUUUUUUUUUUUUUUUUCUUUUAAUAGCAUUUUUCUUCCUGACGUCUGAAUUUUUGAGACCCCGCCGUGUGUUGGCGCGGGGCUGAUUCCUUUCAUCUGCGCGUUUCCUUCUCGGCGCGGUGAUGAUGGUGCAUUGUGCGGGCUGCGAGAGGCCGAUUUUGGACCGCUUCCUACUAAACGUCUUGGACAGAGCAUGGCACAUCAAAUGCGUCCAGUGCUGCGAGUGCAAAUGCAACCUGACCGAGAAAUGCUUCUCCAGGGAAGGAAAACUCUACUGCAAGAACGACUUUUUCAGGAGAUUUGGCACCAAAUGCGCCGGCUGCUCCCAGGGCAUCUCCCCCAGCGACCUGGUCCGGAAAGCCCGGAACAAAGUGUUCCACCUGAACUGUUUCACCUGCAUGGUUUGCAACAAGCAGCUCUCCACUGGCGAGGAACUGUAUAUCAUAGAUGAAAACAAAUUUGUUUGCAAAGACGACUAUUUGAACUCUCCCAGUUUGAAGGAAGGCAGCCUCAACUCAGUGUCCUCAUGUACAGACAGGAGUUUGUCCCCGGAUCUCCAGGACCCCAUGCAGGAUGACACCAAGGAGACAGACAAUUCCACCUCCUCAGACAAAGAGACCGCCAACAACGAGAACGAGGAGCAGAACUCGGGCACCAAGAGGAGGGGGCCCCGCACCACCAUUAAGGCCAAGCAGCUGGAGACCCUCAAAGCUGCCUUUGCGGCCACCCCCAAGCCCACCCGACACAUCCGUGAGCAACUGGCGCAGGAGACUGGCCUCAACAUGAGGGUCAUCCAGGUCUGGUUCCAGAACCGCCGGUCCAAGGAGCGCCGGAUGAAGCAGCUGAGUGCUCUGGGUGCCCGCCGACACGCCUUCUUCCGCAGCCCGCGCAGGAUGCGGCCCCUGGGCGGCCGUCUCGACGAGUCCGAGAUGCUCGGCUCGACGCCCUACACGUACUACGGAGAUUACCAAGGUGACUACUACGGGCCAGGAGGCAACUAUGACUUUUUUCCCCAUGGGCCCCCCUCCCAGGCCCAGUCUCCGGCCGACCCCAGCUACCUUCAGAACUCAGGACCUGGCUCCACGCCCCUGGGACCCUUGGAGCCCCCCCUUAGCGGACACCACUCCUCAGAAAACCAAAGGUACACGGAUAUGAUCUCGCACCCCGACACCCCUAGCCCUGAGCCAGGGAUGACGGGUUCGCUGCACCCCAUCCCGGGGGAGGUCUUCAGCGGGGGGCCCAGCCCACCCUUCUCCAUGUCCAGCAAUAGCGGCUACAGCGGGGCCCUCGCACACCCCAACCCGGAGCUGAGCGAGGCAGCGGUGUGGUAGGGCCGAGCGGGAGGACUCCGCUGCCCCUCAGCCUCGGGGCACAGCUCGCUACGUCCCCAUCGACGGAAAUCUGACACCCCAAUGCUGCAUCCUCCCGCUGUGUCCAGCCCCGUGCAGGGACACCGCGCUACCUCCCUGCCCGCCCACACCGCCCAGCACCCCCGUGCUGUUAUGAGCGAGGGGGAGGGGGGGCGAAGCGCACCAGCCUGGAGCUCCCCCCACCACGUUGGAACUGCCGCUCUCGGACCAAAGUUGAACUCGCCAGGACAUGGGUCCCACCGGUGCGGGGGCUGCCACACGGCUCCCCCACUCGCUAAUUAGCACCCUUUUUAAUUAUCCCCUUCCUCAGCCUCUGUUCAUCCGAGCAUUAUGGUGGGGGGGAAUGGGGGACAGCAGGACCCUCCCUUAGCCCCCUCUUGGGGCCCUUGUUCCCAUUGAUCCCAUUUUAUUCCCAAGGAGGAUGUGGUUUCGGACCAGAAUCUUGGAGUUGGGGGGGGGAAGGGGGGGAGGGGGUUGGUGCACGGAGCUUGGGAAACCCAGGAAGAGACAGAAAUGGGAAAAACAAACAGAAACAGAGAGAAAACCAGAUAGAACAAAACCCACCCGAGCAGUGCGGCAGUGGAGGAGAGCCAAGCCCCCCCUGGCCCCACAGUCUGAGGAUGUAUUAUAGAUUUUGCUUCUAGUUUCUUUAUUUUGUAUAAAGGAGAAAACAAAUAAAGUAUGUUUUUGUGUUUACUGAUUAUUUAUUGUACUUUUAGUCAUUGGAAGUUGAGUUUUUUUCUAUUUUGGAGGCUGGGAAAGGGUGGUGGUGAGUGGAAGGAGAGAGGAUAGAGUGGAGUGGGGGGGAAAGGGAAAAAGAGGAUGGAAAAGGAAGAUAAAAAGUUGUGUUCUGAGUGCACCGUGGGUUUCCUGUCCCAUUGCCUAUUGCAGAGGCUGUCAGUGUGACCAGCUUGUGUUGUUAAAUGUGAAUAAAAACCAUUUUAGUUA